AUGUCCGAAGUCAACGUCACCGCGGUGAUCUACCCCAAGCCCGAGAAAUUCGACGAGGUCGCAGCCCUCUUUUCCCAAGUGGCUACCAAGGUGCAAGAACAUGAGCCAGAUACACUGCUGUACUAUGCAUUCCAAGUACGCGAAAAGCAUGAAAUCGUGGUGGUUGAACGAUACAAAAACCAGGCGGCGGUUCAGACCCAUGUCCAGGCACCCUAUUUUCGCGAGUUUGCGGCCCAAUUGCCCGCGCUGUCGGCCAAGCCUUGGGAGCUGAGGGCGGGAGGGUUUUUGAGUCGGGGAGUGUCGCGGCUGUAG